GAGCCACAAUUCUGAAGUUUGUGCUCUUCGUCUCAAACGACCCUAUAACGCCUCAAAAAUGCUGCACAUUUGUCGAUGACAUGAUCGUCCUGCAUAUUCUUAUUUCCCGUACCCUUUUCACUUUCUCAAUCCAGGAUUCUGCACAGCAAAAGUACAACAUCAGUGGAGCAAAACAUUUUCCGGACCUUUCGGGACGUUAGUGUAGGUCAGUUUCACUGAGCUCGUUCGCCUAUCUGAUUACUUGGCAACAUAUUGUUGGCGUGAUGGGAUCUAUCCAUUUACCCGAGCUGAUCAACGCAAACGCACUCACCCGGAGGCGCACCACAUGUGUAGUUGUUGAGCUAAAUGGGACUCUGAAUUCUUGAGGCGUUACAAGGCUUGGAGGAUGGACUCAUAUAAGAGACCGGCCAAGUCUUGGUCCAUCCAGCAGUUUCACAACUACGUCGUAAAUCACUCUCCAAAUUCUACAAACUUCUUGAUGAUGGCUUCGCCUCAGGUGCUUAUUGUCGGUGCUGGCCCCGUGGGUCUCGUUGCUGCGUUGGCACUUCUGCGUAACGGUCUCUCUGUGCGAGUCAUUGAGAAAGCAAGUGCUCCUCACAUUGGCCAACGUGGGUCAGGCAAUUUCCCACGCACUCUAGAAGUGUAUCAUUUUCUCGGCGUACCAGAAAUUGACAGAGAAGCCAUAGCGGUCCCACUCAUACACACGCACGCCGCUGGUAGUCUAGAAGUUUUGAAAGAACUUCCGAUGACCCCGCGCUACGAGCCGACGCCAGCCAUCCCUUUCAUCAGCCCGAAGGUCAUUGGGCAGAACAACGUAGAACGUAUCCUGAGCUCUCACAUACAGAAACUGGGCUGCACUGUUGAGUACGGGGCGGAGCUCCGGUCUUUUGAACAAGACGAAGAGGGUGUAGUCGCGCAAAUCGUGAUCAGAGACGGCGACAAAGAGACAACCAGCACGAUCAGGUCUCAGUUCCUCAUUGGCGCUGACGGAGCCCGAGGUGUUGUUCGCAAGCAGCUUGGUUUGACCUUCCUUGGUGAGACUCGUGACACUAUUAGAGUCGUCACUGGCGACAUUCGCUUCAAGUGUUCUGGCUUAUCGAGAACUUGUUUUGAAAUCUUCAACUACGACGCGGGAGACGUCGUUAUUCUCCGUCCCACUGACGAGAUCAAGGGUGGAGACGGCUGGCAGCUCAUUACUUUGGGAGCUAGAUUUGGUGUUGAUACCUUACUAUCUGAUAAGGAGGCAUUAUAUUCCGCUAUCAGAGAAACACUCAAUUCCCCCGUUGAUUUCUUGGAGCUGGUUUGGAUUUCCGAGUUUCGACCCAAUAUUCGGAUGGUCGACCAUUUUGGACAAGGAAGGGUCUUUGUUGCUGGAGAUGCCGCUCACGUACAUCCCCCUACUGGCGGACAAGGUCUCAACUCUGGAGUUCAAGACGCCUUCAAUCUCGCGUGGAAAAUUGCCCUCGUGGCAAAAGGCAUCUCCCCACUUUCUUUCCUUGACAGCUACACGGCCGAACGUCUGCCAGUCAUUGCUCAGAUGUUAAACAUCACUACAACACUCCUAGAUAAGACCUUUGGCCCAAAGCGUGGAACGAUUGAGAGUGCCAUGGAACGCGGUAGAAUCUUAUUCAUGCUCGGGGUGAACUACCGCACAAGUCCCAUCGUGCUCGAUGAGUUCUCUGCCGGGAUACCACCCGUACCCGCAUAUCAACUCGAUAGAAGCGACGAAUUGGUCGCUGGCGACAGAGCACCCGAUGCGCCUGGUCUUGUCGAGGGAAGUGCGACGGUCAGGCUGUUCGACAUCUUCAAACCCACUCAUCAUACCGCAUUGGUGUUCGCCCCUGACGUCCAGGUCGCAGCCGAGAUGAUCGUGAAGUCAUUCGAGACCUAUUCUGCGUUUGCUCGCCCUGUGGUUAUUCUGCCCGCGUCGGCCAGCUCGGGUUCUCCGAUCCCAUCCGCAAGGGUCGUCAUCGACAAAGAAAACUACGGCCGUACUCACUAUCUCAUCAAGGACGAGCCCAGAAUCAUCAUUGUGCGACCAGAUGGUGUGGUGGGCGCAAUCGUGGCAGGACCGUUGGGUGUUCACAAAUACUUUGGCUUGAUCCAGGGCCACUAGAAUUGAUGACGUCGCUCGCUUACUUCUUGCCGGUGUGUAUGUAGUCUAGUUUAUACCAUC